GUGCCGGUGGACGAGUUUUGUAGACGUCUUGUGAAGUGAGGAUCAAAAUGCAGUGUAGUUUAUUCUUUCUAUUGGCUUUGUGCGUUGGAAGUUUUGCUAGCAAAACUGAAUUGAACGCGACACUACUAGAAUGGUUUCCUCCGUUCUUCAGUUUAGACGACUGGGGAUCAUGUCAGCGGCCUAUGGACAAGUACUGCAUCGUCGACGCCGUGCUUCACUCUAGCAAACCUUCACCACUCCUUGAUGUUUUAGAAGUAUACUCAUCUGAGAUAUAUAAGCACUAUAAUAGAACACAGAUCCAUCGCGGUGUAUGUGUAUCGAGAUGUCCCGGGAAAAACAAUACAGAUAAUUUAGUCGAAGCUGCUCAGAGCUGCAUCGAUGAGAAUAUUAAGGCUUACGAUCUCGAGGCAGAAGUCGUAUCGGCGAAAUGGUGCAAUACGGCUGGCGUUUCGCGUGUGUCGCAGUCAGCUAGGGUCAUGGCAGUCGUAAUGGUUACAGUUUUGGUAAUAAUUGUUGCAGCCACCAUUGUCAGUUUUGUGGAUCCGAAAAUGGGUAACAAAUAUUUAAUGGCAUUUUCACUCAAGAAGAACUGGGAAAUUUUGACACACUCUAGAUCGGUUCCAAAAAGCGAGCCUCGUCUCAAUUGUUUUGCUGGUUUCGAUGGAAUCAAAGUAUUGGGUAUACAGAGUGUAUUUUUCACGCAUAUUAUAUUGAUACAUGCGUAUGCGUACUCCGACAAUCCAGAGUUCAUAGAAAGGUUUUAUGAUCAGUUUCCAUGGAAGGUCCUUAUGAAUUCUCCACUCCUCCUCCAAGCUUUCUUCGUCAUGACAGGCUUCAUGACAGCUUACAUGGCGUUAAUAGUAUCUGAAAAACGAAAGAUUACUAUAUUAGGAUGCUUUUAUUCAAUUGCUAACCGUUGGUUCAGGUUAGCCCCAGUGGUGAUAUUUGUAUUAUGGUUCACCAUGGCCUGGUUCCCAUUGAUGGGAUCAGGACCCCACUGGUCUUGGGUCGUGGAGAAGGAGGCACAAGAGUGUUCAGAAAUCUGGUGGUACUAUUUGUUCUUCGCACAAAACCUCAUCGGAACAGAGCGGUUUUGCUUGAGUCAUUUAUGGUAUGUAGGUGCUGACAUGCAGUUCCACAUCGUCGGUAUGCUCUUGCUACUAGUUCUGGUUCGUUACCGAAAGAUGGCAUUACCAGUACUACUUCCCUUGUUCAUUGCUCCUGGUAUAGCAUCAGCCAUUGUCAAUUGGAUUAAUGAAUUUCCUCCCAUCAUUGCUGGACAGCCCCCAGAAGUACUCAGGACACUUUUUUCAGAUUGGCCUCGUAUGACAAUCAUAUAUUUGGCACCCUGGAUGAACCCUGGAUUUUUCGCAGGUCUCGCCACCGGUUUUAUCCACUACUCCAACGAAGAGAAAGGAAUCAAACUCAAUGAAAAGAAGUGGUUCUGCACCCUCAGUCACAUAUCCCUACAUCUGUGCAUGGUUGUCUCGGUAAUAGGAGUCAUCUUCAUGGCUGAUGACUUACCACCAUUGUGGGCUACGGCGGUGUACUCCGCCCUGGAUAGAAAUCUGAUUGCUUUAUUCAUGAGUAUCAUGAUUUUGGGCUUCGCGAGUAACUGUCCAUCUGUACUCUUAAAGAUAUGCUCGUGGCGAGGUUUUCGAGUACUGGGAAAACUGUCUUACUGCGCGUAUAUUAUACACUUUAUCAUACUGCGUUUAAUUAUGGGAAGCAACACCAAUCUUGUUCACGUUUCUAUAUUUUCCAUGAUCUGUUUCGUCAUUCUAACAACGAUUCUUACGUACUUGGCGUGUGUCCCUGUAUACUUGAUCGUUGAGUUACCAAUGAUCCAAUUAUGGAAGGCUAUAUUUGAGUCCCCAAGGCCUUCUCCUCCGGUGGAACCAAUCACGGUGAAGAUGGAGCAGGCGAACAACGGCCACGCAGAAGUGUAGUUGCAAACAAAACUUAGUAGAGUAAUUUAUUUAUAUAGAAUUGUUAAACCAAAUAAUGGAGAAUUGAGCCUGCUAUUUCAAUUGUCUGAAUGUAGUAUAAUUAAUUUGUAUAAUUAUACAUUAUUUGCACACAGACAGAGCGCAGGCAUACAAAAGCAAUGACAUUUUGAAAAUAGUAGACUAGAAGACAGACUCCAAUAAUGACGAGACCAAACUAACAUGUAAUGUUGUAAUGUUUCCCAAUAGCACUAAAUUUCUUAAAGAGCUUUUAAGUUAAGUCGAACGAACUUCCGAAUGCGGUAAACCUAAGUUUCAUAUUUGUGCCAAUUUUUCUGUUACAUAGUUUAUAUACGUUAAUUAUGUACGGUAUGUUACCUGUACCCUAUUUAAAACUUUAGCAAUAGGUUAUUACACAAAAUUUCGAGACCAAACACUCAAAGAAUUGUGUGGUGACUUUUGAGAUGGAUAAAUGUGUUUGAAGCUUGUGCGAGUGACCCAGUGUACUAACACAUAACCACACGAAGUACUUAACAGGGUUUCUAAAUCUUAGCAAAUAUUUUAGUAGUAUCUUUUUUUCCUAUUAAACAUGUACAAUCCGCCUAAUUUGAGCGUGUGGACCUAUCUGGACACAUCUCAAAAGGCAAAGGACGCACUCGCGAGCCCUCUAGCAUCUAGAGUGUCCAUGGGCCGCGGUAUCACUUAACAUCAGGUGAGCCUCCUGCCCGUUUGCCCACAGUUCUAUAAGAAAAAAAAUUUAUUUCACUCUGUUGUAUUAAAAUAUAAGAAAAAUAUUUUUUAUAUAUUUGCUUCGUUUAUAAUAUUAGUAAAACUUAUAUUUAUUUGCUUAUUUAGGAGGAUAUUUUUUAAGUCGCUGUUACAUUUUAGUGGUCUUUGGGUAUACAAAACAAGUUACUCCACUUUUGGUAGGAGUAUAAAUAAAAAUGGCCGUAAUCUAAAUAUAUUGUAAGCAGGUAUCUGUAAGAUUAUAAAUUUUGUAAAUACAAAGUAUCCAAUCA